GUUACGUUAAUUUUAGGUUAAAUUUUCUUACUAUUUAUUUAAUAAUUCAUUAUUUAUAUUUAUUAGAAUGAUUAUUUAAUGGUAAAGUGUUUGAAAUGUUCCUCAGAAGUCUCGCGAAGUAUGGUUCGUUUUUCUGUAAAUCACAAUACUCUAUCGAAAGAAACUUCAUUAGGCACGUUCAAGUUUCUCAGAGAAAAUUCAAUGAUAAAAGUGAGAAAGCGAUUGUACGUAAAGAUUCUUUUGAUUCCGUUAGUGACAAGAAUCGUCAAACGUAUUUAGAUACUAUAAAAAUGUUUAUUAACCAAGACCACAUAUACAGAAGGGGUCACGUAGAGUUUAUUUACUCUGCGUUAAAGAAUAUGGAAGAGUUCGGCGUUAGUAAAGAUUUAGAAGUUUACAAGGCCUUAAUCGACAUACUGCCAAAAGGAAAAUUUCUUCCGCAAAAUAUGAUUCAAGCCGAAUUCAUGCACUAUCCCAAACAACAACAAUGCAUCAUCGAUUUAUUAGAACAAAUGGAAGAAAAUGGUGUAAUGCCCGACAUAGAAAUGGAGCCGCAGUUAUUGAAUAUAUUCGGCAAAAGAGGUUACCCUCUACGAAGGUACUGGAGAAUGAUGUAUUGGAUGCCGAAGUUCAAAAAUUUGUCUCCCUGGCCAGUGCCCGAUCCUUUCCCUACGGAUACAUUCGAUUUGGCAAAAUACGCCAUCGAGAGGAUAACCAGUGUCGACGUGAAUUCCGUAGUGACUGUUUACCAAAGUUCCGAUAUACCCGAAUCCAUUGACGAUACGUGGAUAGUUAGUGCUCAAAGUAAAACACAACAGACACUUCUCAGUGAACACGAACUAGACAAACCCAUAUACGUGGAAGGUCCGUUUACGGUGUGGAUAAGAGGCAAUCCCAUAAAUUAUUUUGUUCUGCGAGGCGAGCCGAAGCCUUUGAUAGAAGGAGACAGCGAUCCUGACGACGUGAGCAAGUUGAGACCGUCAUUGUUUGGCCUUCGACCUCCCGUUACAAAGUUUCUUAAAGUGAUUCCUUCAGUACAUGAGCAAGAAGAUGCAGUUAUAUUUUCGGUUUGCGCGACGGGAACUUCUAGUAAGGACAGUUUGUUAUCGUGGAUUCGACACCUCGAAAAGGACGGGUAUCCAAACUUAGGUAAAAUUCCUGUUGUAUUCAAAUUGAGAUCCGGUACUAAGGAAGUAAUUAAUCCUGAUGAAGGGAAGGAUCCUAAGGAUCAGCUGGAUGAUAAAUGAUAGGUAAUAUAAUUGAUUAUAUUUCUAAUUGUUUAAAUGAUUGAUUGAUAGAAAUAA